AUGGCGCUGCUAGGUCAUCUGGCAGGCAUGUUCCAGGUAAGGCUAUGCUGUACUUCAUUACCACUCAAGGACAGCGGCGCGCUCACCUAUCUUUUACCCUCGUCCGCUGCCCCUCUCAAGACCCCUCUUAGAGAAUCCAGCAUGGAACUAAUACACGCGCUCCAGCCUCAUCCUGAGGACCAUCUGCAAUUGAGACUUCAUCGUGCGCGGUCGGUGGUUCUUACAGCUGAGGAAAUGGUUGAAAUCCGCGCCGCACAACGAACCUUCGAAGGGGCAUACGUUCGCACAGCGCUGGGACAGUUCUCCUUCGCGCUGGUGGUCCUCAAGAUUUUCACGGCGGAGUUUUAUUCUAUAGGCGCCCUGUUCGCGACAUAUGGGGCGGGGGUAUUGCUUGUGAGUAUGUAUAGGAGAUAUGAGGGGAAUCAACAAUUUUUCAGCGAGGUGGGGGAUGAUGGGUUGGGGAAGAAGCGGUUUAGGACGAGUGGGAACGCGGUGGUUGUUUUGACAGCGUUGACUGUCGGAGCUUAUGCUAGUUUGGUUGCGUUAACGCUGAAGUUGGGAGAUUAA